AUGUUAAAUUUACCUAUUGGCGUUGAUGUUUAGAUGAUCCAAAAAAAUAAGCUAUUUUAAAAAUUUAUGCAAUAACAAUAGCAAGAAACUUAAUAAAAACCUUAAAUUUAAUAAAAAACAUACAAUAAAUCAAAUCAUGAUUCUAUUGAGGAUUAGAAAUAUUCUUAAGAGAAAAUGGAAGAGAGUUCCAUCUAUUAAGAUUUUGCAAAUUUCGCUAAAGCUACUAAUUAUAAGCAAUCAUCACCAUAUAAUUAUAAUAGGCAAUAAUAACAAUAAAUUGUUUAGUUGAAUCAAAAUUAAGGAAAUAAUAUGAAUUAAGAAGUUAAGGAUUUGUAAUUUAAGAAUAAAUCCUUAUUGCAGUAGAACUCUAUUUUAUAACAAUAGUUGAUAGAUCUUUAAUAAGUUAUUCAUAGAUAAACAAUUGAUUUAGAUAUAUAAAAAAACGAGAUUUUGAAUUAAAAGAGAGUUGUGUAGGAAUAAUAAAUAGAAAUUGAGUAAUUAAGAAGGUAACUAUAAGAAAAGAGAAACAGUAGUUUAGAAAAAACUAGAUAAUUUACAAUAGUUCAAACUUAAUUGAUAUAAUCAAACCAAAUGGUAGAAAAACUAAUUUCUUAAUUAAUGAAUUAAGAGUCAUAAUUAAGUGUAAAAAUAUUAAAUUAUAUGAAUAGUUAUAUCGAUAAACAUAGAUUAAUUUUCCGAAAAUGGAUAAUUUAUAGUUCAAUGUAGAUUAAAAUAAAUCGAAUUUGAUGAAUGCCUAAAAUCUUCUAAAUAAUCCAUCUAUAUCAUAGACAUAUCCAACUUAAUACCAAUAGGCAAAUUCAUAGUUACAAUAGCAGAUCCCUUAAAGUAUUAGUUAAUAACAUUAAUCUUAAUUUGCUAUAUAAUAAUAACAACCGAUUUAAAUUUCAUAAUAAUAGUAAUAAUAAAAUCCAAAUCCUGUCAGUUAGCCAACAAAAUAAUAACAAUAAUUGGAAGCUGAUACCUCAUAUGAACGCUAUUUAAUGCAUAAAAGGGGAAGACAUUGA